GAUCCUGCAGCACCGCUCUUGUUCUGCUCAGUCUGCAGAGGGAAUAGUGAAGGUUUUCUCCCGGCCGCAGGUACAGUUGAUUGCAAUUUGGCAUGUGGUCUCUUUGCUGCCGCUGCACUGGGGUGAUCGUUGCACGUUCUCCCGGAACAGGCGCCUCAAACCGACUUUGAAAAAUGUUCACUGUGAGAGAUCUCGUCGGCCAGCUGUGAGAUCUUACCGUGCGUGUCUGGAAUUUAUUGCUUCUCUGCACUUGAGAGGCUGCGCUCAAGAUAGUCCUUGGUAUGCACUGGGCGUAUUGUUGCAAGAGCUACCUGAACUUUAAGAGCCACAUACCAGCCGUGAAAAUAAGUCGACGGACUGUGCGAGUCGGUUCGAGUGCCACGAGGAAGAGUGAGUAGAAACUGACUGAUCAACGGGUCGGCUCGGUGAAAUUUCUGUGACGGACAUAUGAUUUGAGUCCUCCGAUACGCCAAAAACUCCAUCUGUCUUGUAGCGCGGCACUGAAAGCGCCGAUUGCGUCUUCCAAACACCGAAAGGAGGACGCUGGUUUUCCUGGGCGAAGAAGAAGAAGAGGAGUUAUGACUCAAGAAUCUUCAUUCCUCUCGCCGCGGUGACCAGAUGCUAUCUGCCAGCAUUCAUCCGGGCCUUUGUGUUCGCUGCUACUAGCAGCACAGGACACCGCCAAGAAAGCUGGCGAUCUUACUCGGCCUCUUCUCGCGGUCAUGGCCGAGCCGGCGGCAUGCGCAGGAACAACACAGGCGAUGUCGAAAGACGAGGCUUGCUCGGAACGAGCGUUGACCGGGGUGUCUUCGUCUCGUGAACGGGAGACCGACAUAUUGGAAGAUGAGGACGGUAAUGCGGCUCUGUCUUCAGACGCCGCAUCUCCCGAGAAUCUGCCGGAAGAGUCGGUAUUCGCCCACGGCGACAUCGCUAGCGGCCGGAUUCAGCGGGAAAUGGAAUCCCCAAACAAAUUUGUAUCAAACGGCGAGCGCGGCUCAGACAAACCGCGGAAAGAGACGCCAUCCCCAUGGGUGGCUCCCGGCGGAGGACGCCGCAGCCAGGAAACGGCGCGGGGCGCUCCGCAGGAACAGGCCAACGCUGGUGGAGUGACGGAAAAGGCGGACUUUGGCAAGACGGCGCAGUCGGCACAUCCCGCAGAUGCGUGGCCUUCCCAAGAAGCGGAGUUUGCGUCGUUAUCGCUCGAUGUCGAUGACUCCAUAGAGCAGUUGAACCAACUGAUUCUAGAUUUGGACCCCACCUUUGUUCCUGUUCCCACUGCCCGCGCCCCGUUGUCACGGUCCACCUCCGUCCAAAGCGGUGGUCUCUGUGAUCAAGGAAACUCCCAUCUGACUGGCUGGAAGCGGCAGAUCAGCGACGUGACCGACUACUCGAGUCGUUUGACGCUCCAAACGGGUUUUCACCGUCUUGGGGCAGGAACGCAAACCUUUGGGGCCUAUCUGGACGGCAGCCCUUCCUAUUCGCCUUCACAGUUUAACUCCGCCGGCCGCCAAAGUGAUAGCUCUGAAUGUGCGCCCCCAACUCCAGCCUUUCCAGUGUCCCCCGCAACGCCUUAUGUGGAACACAUUUCACAGGUUUCUCAGACGAGGACUGUUGGCCAGUGGGCCCAACACAGCUGGACACGAGAUUCUCGAAGUUUCCUGGACAGCGCGAACCGCAGCGGCAGCUCGAUUGACGGAGAACUGUUCAGAUCAGACGCGUCCGUGAGCUCCGCUUCCUGUCCGCGGGUAUUUGGUUCCAUGUGUUCCGUGUCAUCGAGCGGCCCCCUCCCGCACGCAGACGGCUGCACGCCGCCUCCCAUGAGGCACCAGCCAACGUCCGACCCCUCGCCGCCCUCAACUCCGAUGAAGCGCAGCACUCCGAAUGCCCACAGUUCACCCCGGGCGGCUCUUAAAGAACCGGCCGUGUGUCCGGGGACCCGAGUGGAGUCGGACAGCACAGACUUGUCUUCCUUACUGACGCUAAACGGCAACCUAGGGCACAGCCUGCCGGAGGCCACGGGGGACCUCCGGGUCCCGAGCCUCGGAGGGGACGGGGAGCUCCCUCCGCAGCUGCCUGAAAAGAGGAGGGCGGCUGAAGGUGGCGACCUUGGCUCCUGCGUGUCUUCUCUCGGUGGCUUUUCCAGUCCUCACAGUGAAAGCAGUCUCAGUCUUUCUUUCUCACCACUGAGCCCCGAGUCCUUCAAAGCUUUCGGUGGGACGCCAUCACCUGGAGCAGAGUUUGGCAGCAAGCAGGACACUGUGAAGUUUGUUCAGGACACUUCCAAGUUCUGGUACAAGCCCGACAUUUCCAGGGAUCAAGCCAUUUCCGUGUUAAAGGACAAAGAACCGGGCUCUUUUAUUGUCAGAGACAGUCAUUCAUUUCGCGGGGCUUAUGGAUUGGCGAUGAAAGUGGCAACUCCGCCUCCGUCUGCGGUGCAUCCAAGUAAAAAAGGUGGAGAUCCGUCCAGUGAGCUGGUGAGACAUUUCCUGAUCGAGUGCACGCAGAAAGGAGUGCGUCUCAAAGGCUGCCCCGAUGAGCCAUUCUUUGGGAGUCUUACUUCUCUGGUGUGUCAGCACUCCAUCACAUCUCUGGCUCUACCGUGCAAACUCAUUCUGCCUGACAGAGACCCGUUUGAGGAAAUGAGGAACUCUCCCGUCAAGACGGCAAGCAACUCGGCAGCUGAGCUUCUGAAGCAAGGGGCGGCAUGCAACGUGUGGUACCUCGGCUCUGUGGAACUGGAGUCUUUAACGGGACACCAGGCCGUUGAGAAAGCCGCCACAGUGACGCUCGCCGCGGACCCUCCGUCGGCUUGGACCGUCGUCCACUUUAAAGUGUCAGCGCAGGGCAUCACGCUCACGGAUAACCAGAGGAAGCUGUUUUUCCGAAGACACUAUGCAGUCAAUACAGUCAUUUUCUGUUCACUGGACCCGCAAGGCAGGAGAUGGACACGAGGAAAUGCUUCGACCGCAAAGAUAUUUGGGUUUGUAGCCAGGAAAUCUCAGAGCGAGACGGAAAAUAUUUGCCAUCUGUUUGCCGAACACGACCCGGAGCAGCCAGCGAGCGCUAUCGUCAACUUUGUCUCAAAGGUCAUGAUCGGGUCACACAAGAAGUGAGGCCGAAGCGCCGUCGACCACAUUCGCACGCCAACCAUGGCGACAUUCUUAGUGAUCGUCAUGACAAACGGCGGCGACAAAUAAGAUGAUCAUAUGAAAGACGUGAGUGUCCACAACGACGACAUAAACUAUGCCUUAACCUCUUCAAAUGCUUAUUUAAAAACUUUUUUUAACCCUCCCUGGAUAUGAGAUGCGUUUUUUUUUUUUCUGCCUUUACACUUCUCUCAAUAUUUAUCCAGAUGUAUAAAAAGUCAUUUUCUUCAAUAUUCUUCAUUUAUGUCACAAUCUGUAUUUUUUUUUUUUUGUAUAGAUUCUGUACAUUAUGACAAAUAAACUCAGGUGUCGUGCUCUU